UUCCUCACAACUCCUUGUUUACAAAUGGCGACCAAGUGAGGAUUUUCUGAAUGAGGCACGCUGACAGUUACUGUUAGACCAGCAUAAAUAAAUCUGCAAGAAUGUCAUCAAGUCGAUCACCAACACCAGUGAGUUCUGUGUCAGCAUUUUCCAAAUUGCCUCCAAUCAUCACAAGUGAGGCAGACCGGGACUUCCUCCAUGAACUCAGCUCAUACAUUGACCGAGAGAUGGGCAAAAUACAAGCUGACAAUGAAGAACAACGUUACAUUGUGUACAAAGGAGUCUUUAAUAAGGUUAUUGAGCAUGUGGUAGCUUACAAGCCUCUACUGACUGAUAUAAAGAAGGAGUAUGAAGACACAAUUGGUGCCAUACGGAAGGGUCAGAGAGAAGCAGUGUUUCUUCAGGAGAAACUCAAGGCAAUGGCCUCAGAGCCCUCCACAAUUCAGAAUUAUAAGAAACGAGCUGAUGAGCUGGAAGAAAGAAUUUCCAUUGUACAAAAGGACAAUGCCCGUUUGGAAGCUGAACUGGCUCAGCUAAAAGCUGCAUGUAUGGAGAGAGAGAAGAAAGAAGAGAAGAAGGAGAUUCCAAAACCACAUCUCAAGAAAGACAGACGACAGAUUCCAGGCCUAACCUUGGAUGAGUCAACUGAUCUGAAGGUGCUGUACCGUAAGCUUGAGAAGCUUGAGCGACAGAUGAAGGAACUCAACAUCUGUUACAAGACACGGUAUGUCAGCAAGACCCACAAACAGGAGUUGAAGGGGGGUCUGGACAACAAGGUUGCACAUAGAGAUCACCUGCUGUGGCAGAGUCAGGUGUACCGAGAGAAGAGGAUGAGGUUGAAGAUUGCACUGGAAGCUGCUGAGGCAUACAAUCGAGUCAAACCUCCACACCAGACAGUUGGAGAUGCAGUCAUGUUGGCAUUUGCACAGUUUCAAAGUUCUAGAGCAAAAGAACCUGUAUCCACAGAAGGAGGGGAUGGUCUGAAUCGGGAAGUGACUCCAUCCAAUGUAACAGUUACAACCACAACGUUUGAGGAAGAUGAUCCCAACAAGGAGAAAGAGGCUGAGAUUAUGCUGGAGUAUAUUGAGAAGUUUAAUGAGUUAUUUGAGGAUGGCAAGUUUGAGGAGGCAGCUGUCCAUGCUGCCAACAGUCCAAAGGGUAUUCUGAGGACAAGGGCCACUCUGGUCAAGUUCAGGGAGGUAAAGGGCAAGUUUCCUGGGAGGACUCCUUUGCUGAGUUUCUGUGAUGCCCUGAUGUCAUCAGUGAAGGAGGCUGGGUCACGGCCAAACGAGGCACUGUCCUUAGACUGUGUACUGUGUGCCCUAAGUGAGAAUAAGCUGGACCUGCUCUACCACUGGCUGGCUCAGGACAGACUCACCCUGUCUUUGGAUGUUGGUCACCACAUUGCCAACCACUGCUCAUGUACAAUCCCCUGUAAAUGUGGCUGCCAGGCUUUGGCCCAGAGUGUCUUCAUGCGUCUUCAGGCACACCGAGACAGUGUCCUGUGUCUCCUGAAACAGGGCAGAGUGCAUGCUGGGAUCCAGUUCUCACGCAACAAGGGUGUCUUGUCCACAGAAAACCUGAUAGCUAUGUUGGCAGCCUGUCCUUCCCUCCAGCUUGUCCAUGCCCUGGUGGAGCAGGUGCCCUUUGCCCAAGAGUCUGGACCUCUGCUGCCUCUUGGUGUUGUGCUUCGGACACUGGUCAACAAGGGUCAGACAGAUCUGAUGGCCCGGUGUCUUCAGGACCUCAAACAGGGAACAUUGCAGGUUGGUGAUGAGACGGAUUCACUCUUCAAUGCCGUGUUUCUCGACUCCGAGACCUCCACUGACAACUGGAUAGACAUCUGCAGCCAUCUGAAAAACAAUGACUUUGAAGACACAGCACUAAAACUUGUUGCUACAGUGACAGUUGUUGAGGCAUUACAGAAUGCAUUAGAGACAUAUGCUGAGAAGGAGCAGGACUACAUGCAGUAACCGUAUCAGCAGACUGUGGUACACUGUGUGUACAAUGUGAUACUUUGUGUGACUGUGAUACACCAUCAACAUGAUAUACAGCUUUAUUUUAUAUUCCUGAGAAUGUGUUUCACACAUUGACUAUAGCGCUACAGCUUUAGUAACUUCCAUAACACAGACACUCCAGACUGUCGUGUCAUACCACCAUGACAACUCAUGACAGCUGUCAUGCUAUAAUCGCUAUUUGGAACUUAUCCAGGUCAGCUUGUGUGCAAAUAUCCAGAUUUGAUGACUGACAUUGUAUUUUUGUAUUGAUGAGUAAAAACACUAUUUGUCA